AUGGGCUUCGGCCCUCAGCUUCUGCGGGUCCUGCAGCUUGGCUGCUGGUGCCUGGGGCCAGAGAGGGUUGGGCGGAGCUCUGAGAUCAAAGCCACCUUGGUCCCAUCCACUCUGGAGGAACGCAGUGGCCUCCGCCUCCCCACGGUCUCUGGGGGUGAUGGCGAUUAUGCCACCGACUGUCUGGUCAUGAUGGCGGACCCGCGGGCGGUGGAGCCGACCGAGGCUGAGGCGGACGAGGUGGAGGCUGGAGGCUGGACCGGGUGGCGGAGUGUCCUGCUGAUGGCCGCCCGCGCACGCGGGGGACCGGCACUAGGCUCCGCCCACUGUCCUGGGCGGGAUCGCGGCGCCUUCAGACCCGGGCUCCUGGGCAAGCAGCACUUGAUGGGGUUCCAGGGAUACCCCGGGUGCAUGCAGUUGCAGGUGGAGGAGACUGCGGACGGCGCUCACACCGUCUGCAAUGGCGGAGCUGCAGGAGGAUGCCGCGGACGCGAACCUGCAGGCCCUGCCGUGAGCGCAGCGCCCCCUCGGGGUGGUCCUCCCGGAAAGCAGCAAGCCUCGGCCCCACCUGUCAGCCGCCCGGGCCCCACCUGUGAGCCGCCUGAGCCCCACCUGUCAGAGGCCCGAGCCCCACCUGUCAGCUGCCCGAGCCCCACCUGUCAGCCGCCCGGGCCCCACCUGUCAGCUGCCCGAGCCCCACCUGUCAGCCGCCCGGGCCCCACGUGUGAGCGCCCCAGCCGCAGGCCUGAGAGCCAGGACGGGAAGACACACAGCCAGGCAGAGCUCCCGCUGCCUCUGCUCGCGACCCCGCGGCCCUCCAGCAGCGACUGUUCCCUCGCAACGCUGGCCGGCCUGGCCGCCAACCGGAGCCACCUGCCGCUGGGCCCCUGCGGGGCGGGCUGGGAGUACCACACGCAGGGCUCGUCCAUCGUGACCGAGUUUAACCUGGUGUGUGGCGACUCCUGGAUGCUGGACCUGUUUCAGUCGGCGGUGAACGUCGGCUUCUUUAUCGGGUCCGUGGCCAUCGGCUACGUAGCAGACAGGUGUGGCCGCAAGCGGUGCCUCCUGCUCACCAUCCUCAUCAACGCCGUAUCCGGGGUGCUCAUGGCCGUCUCCCCGACCUACACGUGGAUGAACAUUUUUAAAUGGGUACCCAGCGGCUCGGGCCGUGCCGGCCUGCACUGACCCUGGGCUCCCUGUGCAGUCACAGAGUUCGUCGGGCUGCGCUACCGGAGGACGGUGGGGAUUUUCUACCAAGUUGCCUUCACCGUCGGCCUGCUGGUGCUGGCUGGGGUGGCCUACGCCAUCCCCCACUGGAGGUGGCUGCAGCUCACCGUCACGCUGCCCAACUUCUGCUUCCUGCUCUACUACUGGUGCAUCCCCGAGUCUCCGAGGUGGCUGAUCUCCCAGAACAAAAAUGCGAAAGCCCUGCGCAUCAUUAAGCACAUUGCAAAGAAAAACGGAACAUCUCUGCCGGCCUCGCUCCAGAGCCUCCGACCUGAUGAGGAAGUUGGGGAGAAGAUGAACCCUUCAUUCCUUGACUUGGUCAGGACCCCUCAGAUUCGGAAACAUACCCUAGUCCUGAUGUACAACUGGCUCACCAGCUCCGUGCUCUACCAGGGCCUCAUCAUGCACAUGGGCCUGGCAGGCAGCAACAUCUACCUGGACUUCUUCUACUCCGCCCUGGUCGAGUUCCCCUCAGCCUUCAUCAUCAUCGUCACCAUUGACCGCGUCGGCCGCCGCUACCCCUGGGCUGCAUCGAACGUGGUGGCCGGGGCGGCCUGCCUGGCCUCGGUCUUUAUCCCUGAUGAUCUGCAGUGGCUGAAAGUCACAGUCGCGUGCUUGGGUAGGAUGGGGAUCACCAUGGCCUACGAGAUGGUGUGCCUGGUCAAUGCUGAGCUGUACCCCACGUUCAUCAGGAACCUCGGCGUCCUCGUCUGCUCCUCCAUGUGUGACAUCGGGGGCAUCGUCACGCCCUUCCUGGUCUACCGGCUCACCGACGUCUGGCAAGAGCUUCCCCUGGUGGUGUUUGCCGCCUUUGGCGUGGUCGCGGGGGGCCUGGUGCUGCUGCUGCCCGAGACCAGAGGGAAGGCGCUGCCCGAGACCAUCGAGGAGGCCGAGCACAUGCACAGCUCAAGAAAAACCAAAGAAAAUAUGAUUUACCUCCAAGUCAAGAAGUCGGACAUUCCCCCCAGCUGAGAUGCAAGACCACAGCUCCACAGCCACCUUCCUGGCGCUGCAAGGACCCGCCCAC